CGCAUUAAAGCUACGCUGCACAGAAGCGCGCGAAUGUGAUGUAAACAAGCGUGCUCGCGUGAGAUUCCGGAAUAGAUAAGAAUGUAGCUGUACGUUUGAAGCACUCUUUUGGCCACAGCUGAUCAUGGAGGUGACCCAUUCGCUCCGUGAGCGCACCAUCGCUGAGAACAGUCUGGUGGUCCUUCUGCAGGGUCUGAACGGACAGGUGACCACCGUGGACCUCAGAGACGAGAGCACGGCGAGAGGACGCGUCAUCAACGUGGACGCCUUCAUGAAUAUCCGACUGGAAGAGGUUGUGUACAGGGACAGGCGUGGACGCGUGUCCCAAAUGGACGAUCUGUUCAUUACGGGACGAAACGUGCGCUACGUCCACAUCCCAGAUCAUAUGAACAUCAUAGAGACCAUACAGACCCAGCUCACCAAAAUACACCGCGUGCGCAACUUUGGAGCAGGUGGUGGAAGGAAAGAGUACUCGAAGAAGAAGUAGAUGUCACCUGUGACUUUUUUUGUAAUAUAUUUAUUUUGUUUAUGUGUUAAUUACGCGCUCUUGUAUUCAAGAGAAAAAAGUGCGUAACUUAGUUGUGACUUUUUGGUUGAUCUAAAUUUGAAAUGAUGGGUUAAGGUCUGCGCAUGAUGUUUUUGUUCCUGUGGUCUAAAAUGCAAUAAAAAACCUUAUUCUCAUUACUAUUAAUUUGCAACAGCAAAGAAUUGUAUAUUGGUCGAAUCAUUUUUGCCACCUGAGUUAAACGUUUCUCAUCAUUUUCAUGUAUUUUUUAUAAUACCCAUAUCUCCUUUUGUUGUCCAAAAACUGUAAUAUAUACAAUUAUUCAUUUGGCAGACAUUUUUAUAAGAUUUUAUAUACAGCAACUAAGAAGUGUAUCCUUCUUUGAAGUAAAGCUAUUAUUGUGAUUCAAACCGAA